CAAGCCACCAACUACAGGAAGGCCAUCCCCUACCCCCCACAAGCCCCUUCCCUUAGGCUCUUCACGGCUCUCGGAGAUGCCAAGGUUACAAAGAUACAGAGGAGUGAGGCAGAGGCACUGGGGCUCAUGGGUCUCCGAAAUCCGGCAUCCUCUCCUGAAAACUAGGAUUUGGUUGGGGACUUUCGAGACUGCCGAGGAUGCGGCCAGGGCGUAUGACGAGGCUGCGAGGCUCAUGUGUGGGGCGAGAGCAAAGACCAACUUCCCCAUCGAUCCUAAUGGUACGAGCACGCCAUCGGCCCUGUCACCCAGCCUCAUGGCAAAGCUGGAGAAGUGCUGCUUAAUUUCUCAGGAGGAGACCGAGAGAGCAAAGGUGGCGGCGGUACAUGGCGAGGAGGAGGUCAAGUUGGAUGAGGCGUACAUCCAGGAGAUGAUCGAGGAGCUUUUACAUUAUGGAUCUGUGGAGAUAUAUUGCUCUUCUUCUUCUUCUUCUUCUUCCCCCUCUUCUUCUUCUUCCCCCUCUUCUUCUUGACUGUGGGCUUUGUAAUUCGGUCUUUGGGUACGGAAAGAGCAAAUAGUUUGCUGUAGUGUAGCAUAAGUUGCGUCGUGAUCAAGUUGGGUUCUGUCAAUGUUCUCGGAUACUUAUGUACAGAAGGGUUUGUUUUUCCAAGCAUUUUUUUUUUUUUUUAUGAAGAACCAAUCAUUU